AAAAAAACUCGCCUCAGCUAGUUGGUGUGCAUAUAUAUAAAUAAUUUAAUUAGUCUUGCCGAUUAAAACUCUGUCCGUCCGAUUUGUUUUGAUGAGUCCUUACUCAGGUGAACGGUGGGGCGGAAGUGCAAGAGGGCAGGCGAGACUUCAAAGCCAUAUUUCCGGCCCGGUUACGCGUUCUGUAUGUACUUGCAUAUAUUGGUAUGUAACGUACAAACCUAUGUAAAUAUGUCUGAUAAGUGUCAACAGCCAAGAGUUUAUCCAAGCCCCGCAUACACAAUCGGUGAUGAUCCCUCGAUACCUGGGACAGAGGCCACCUUAUGUGCAUUCCCUGCACUCGUGGAUUCGUCACGGGCCAAUAUGGAGGAAUCACCGAACCCAAACAACUAUGGUGUCAACCAAAGACUACAGAAGCCAGAGGGAUGGCUGCCCAACAUGGGGGAGUAUCAUCCGUCACUGCUGUUUCCGGAGGACCCGCGGAGGUAUUUCCACAACCCCCCGCCACAGCUUCCGCCUCCGCCCGCAGAACCAAUCGAUGAAGGAGUCGCCCAUAUACCCGCUAAACUACCAGAAUACAGCACGGAGAUUAACAAUCCCGUCGAGCCUGAUCGAGUCACAGCCGUCACAGUAACAGACCAGCCGCCUCCUCUGCAAUUGCCGCAGCCACUGCCACCACCACCACCUCCACCGGUGGCCGAUGUGGCCCCCAAGAACACAGUACCUUACGGACACAAGCGAAAGAAUUCAGUGGCCGACGAACAGGCGGCGGCGAGCAAGAAGAUUAGCCUGGCCGCCGCCGCCGCCGAGGCCGAGAAGAAGAACAGCCACCUCCGCAAGAACAUCCGGGACGUGAUGAACGAGAACAACUUGGACACCACAACGCUGGCGGCUCAGCGAGAGGAGUCGGAACGCUUGGCUCGCGUUGCUGGUCAACAAAAGUCAAUGCGCGAGAUCCAGAAACAGGUGGUGCACAAGCAAAUCUUCCGCAUCCUGCAGCUGGACGAGAGCGAGGGCAUCGAGAGCUGUUCGGUGUCCAACCAUGCCGAGCACCAUCCCCCCGUCGAUUUCCCAGAGGACGAGAUCGCCUCGGACACGUUCGACGAGUCAAACAGCAGUAGCCUCAGCGGCGGCAGCAUCGGGGACGCAAUCCACAAGGAGGCCAGCGUCGAGCAGCCCAGCGAGGUGGUCACCAUCGACGACAGCUCCGACGACGACGACUGCAUACUCCUUUCCGAGGAGGAGAUGGAGGAGGAUGACGAGGACCUGAACGAGUCGGACGAUGCCACCAACAGCGGCAUGCACGUCAAAGAUCUGUACAAUGUUCCUGAUGAAAACGGGCAAGUGGUGGUCAACAUGGCGCACCCCGAAGGCGAGGAGACCCUCUACCUGGCCCCCCAAAUAGCCAAGGUAAUAAAACCGCAUCAGAUCGGCGGAGUGCGCUUCCUGUACGACAACAUCAUCGAGUCCACACGGAGGUACAACAAAUCGAGCGGUUUUGGGUGCAUUCUCGCCCACUCCAUGGGCCUGGGCAAGACGCUGCAAGUUGUCUCCUUCUGUGAUAUCUUCCUAAGACACACCUCGGCGCGGACGGUGCUGUGCGUGAUGCCCAUCAACACGCUGCAGAACUGGCUGAGCGAGUUCAACAUGUGGAUUCCGCGCUACUCCGCGGACGGCAAUGUGCGUGCCCGCAACUUCGACAUAUACGUCCUGAACGAUCAGCAGAAGACGCUGACGGCGCGGGCGAAGGUUAUCCUCAACUGGGUCCACGAGGGCGGAGUCCUGCUAAUCGGGUAUGAGCUGUUCCGCCUCCUGGCCCUCAAGCUGGUGAAGACGCGAAAGCGAAAGGGCAGCGUUAUCCGCCCCGACGGCAUGGACUCCAGCAGCGAUCUCAUGAAUCUGGUGUUUGAGGCGUUGGUGAAGCCAGGCCCGGACCUGGUCAUCUGUGAUGAGGGGCACCGGAUCAAAAACUCGCACGCCGGCAUCUCGCUGGCCCUGAAGCAGAUCAGGACGCGACGCCGCAUCGUACUCACUGGCUACCCCUUGCAGAACAACCUGCUCGAGUACUGGUGCAUGGUGGACUUCGUCAGGCCCAACUAUCUGGGCACACGCACCGAGUUUUGCAACAUGUUCGAGCGGCCCAUCCAGAACGGACAGUGCGUGGACUCCACGCCGGAUGACAUCAAACUGAUGAGGUACAGGGCCCACGUCCUGCACUCCUUGCUGCUGGGAUUUGUUCAGCGGCGAUCGCAUACGGUGCUGCAAAGCACCCUGCCGCAGAAAUACGAGUAUGUUAUCUUGGUGCGAAUGACUCCGUUCCAGCGAAAGCUCUACGACACGUUCAUGACGGAUGUGGUGCGCACCAAGGCGUUCCCCAAUCCCCUGAAGGCCUUUGCCGUCUGUUGUAAAAUCUGGAAUCACCCAGAUGUUCUGUACAACUUUCUGAAGAAAUGUGAGACUGAUUUAGAUUUAGAAAUCGACGAAGACCUAUCCAAGAGCGUCAUCCCCUCCACACCCGCCACACCAGCUGUUGUCGAGCCCCUCCAUCAUGAUUCUAUAGCCUCGCCCCUGGCCGAAAAGAGGAACAAUGGAACCAGCGAGCCCCUCAAUAGUGUUAAUAAUAUUGAGACCCUGCCCAAGGCCGAAAAUCAAACGUUAUUCAGUAUGCCAACCUCCUCGGAUCUGAACGCAAAGUAUUUGAAUAAAAGUCCCAGCUUCUAUGAGGAGAAACCGGAGCCCCUGGGCUACGGGGCCUUUGGAGGUGAGGGAAAGAACAAUUAUUGGAUGGACUCUAGUAUUCUGCCCAAGCCCGGAUGCGUGGAAGUCAUCAAGCAGACAGAUACCAACAUGUCGAGCAAUUUUGAGAGUAUUACGACGUCCUCGGAGAUCGUGGAUCUGGACACGAACGAGAUUAAAACCGUGGAGACGACCAUACAAUCCUCGCCCUGUACAAAUAAUCAAGUAGACAGUGAGUGCAAUUCGAAUAGGCCCAGUGAAUGGAGUUCCCCGGGCAUUAAAAACGCGGCAGGCAUUGCUGCCGCAGAGCCUUUCAAGAAGCUGCUGAAGAGCAAGCGAAACGACGAGUUCUCCUGCUCGUGGGCGGUCGAGCUGAUGCGGAACUAUGUUUCGGGGCUAAUCUCGAAUUCGCCGAAAAUGGAGAUAUUCUUUUGCAUACUAAAGGAGAGCAUGCAGUUGGGGGACCGCAUCUUGUUAUUUAGCCAAAGUCUGUUGACCCUAAACCUGCUCGAGGGCUAUCUGAAGACAAGUUAUGUUCCAGGGAGCAAUCUGCUUUGGACUAAAAACACUUCCUACUUCCGCUUGGAUGGCUCCACUUCCUCGCAGGAAAGGGAAAGGCUAGUCAAUGAAUUCAACUCAAAUAGUAAUGUUAAGCUUUUUUUGAUAUCAACCAGGGCCGGCUCGCUGGGCAUCAACCUCACGGGAGCGAAUCGCGUUAUAAUAUUCGAUGCCAGCUGGAACCCUUGCCACGAUACCCAAGCUGUAUAUAGGAUUUACAGAUAUGGACAGACAAAGCCGUGUUUUGUGUACAGAAUCGUCAUGGAUAGGUGCCUGGAGAAGAAGAUAUACGACAGGCAGAUUAAAAAGCAAGGCAUGUCCGACCGCAUUGUCGACGAGUGCAAUCCCGAGGCACACCUUUCGAUGAAGGAUAUCACGAAUUUGUGCCAUGACUACGACUCCGAUGAAGAAGUGGUCGAGGAAUCCAGCAAGUCGCCCAGCAAGCCCAGUUCUCCAACAAUGGAGGCUACAAAGUUAUCUCCUGACGCGGCAGAUGAGUCGAGUAAGGCAGCAGAGGAAUCAAAAAAGUCACCACAAUCAGAGGAUGAGCAAACGAAACCAUCGGCAGAUGUCCAAGGCGAGCCAAUGGAUGUGGAUGAGACCAAGGCACAAAACGGCACCGGUUUAGGGGUGCCAGUCAAAAAGGAAAAGGAUGAGGAGGUCUUAACCCCCAAGGUUCAUGCUGACUCCAUAAUCAACACCAUUCUCGAGCUGCACAAGCAUUGCGUGACCAAGGAACCGUUCUUGCACGAAAGCUUGUUGGUAGACCAAAAGGACAGAAAGCUGUCACAGGCCGAGAAGAGACAGGCUCAUCGCAGCUAUGAGCUGGAGAAGAAGGCUGCCGUCAAUCAGCGCUUUACGUAUACUCCCGCGAAAAUGCACUACAAGAUUGUGAACAACGAUGGCACGGUAAUCACCAAACCCAUGACACCGCAAAUGAAGACGCAUACGUCGGCCUCCACUGGAGGAGGACGCACUACACGCUGGAUACCCGCCGACGUGUGGCAGAGACAGGGCAUGACAGCCCAAGAAAUGACCCUGCCACUUGAUGUGGUCAUUCCCACAAAUUCGGCUGACAAGGCCAAUAUAAUUCUAAAGGCUGGGCAACGCGUCAUGGUCCUGAAGUCGGCGAAGGGAAUAUACAUGCAGCUGGACAGCGGAAAGAUCAUAGCCAUAAGGACAACGGCUAAAACCGAAGCGGAGAAACCAAAUAAUAAGGACGAUGUCAUUGACAUAACAUCCGACUGUGACACGGAUACCGCCAAGCCACAAACGCCAGAGCAAGAUGUGAAAGAUCUGACUGCUGAUGAAGAACCACAACAUAUCGCAAAGAACAAGGAGGGCAUAGCGCCAGCAACAGCUGCAAACCGGCCGGAAAUGUCUGCUGGCGAAAAGCGAAAGCCCACAGAGAGCAUGCAACAACAACAAGCACACUUUAAGCCGCAAACGCAACCCAACAACACCUCCAAUCCACAUCAGAUGCCUUGUGACUUGAACUAUGCACAGCCGUCGCAGCACCAGCAGCAGCAGCAGACACAGUCGCCCCAACAGCCGCAACAGCAACAACCAUCCCAGACACAUCCGCAACAAUCGCAACAGCAGCAGCAACCGUUGCCGCCAGCGUAUAAGCAUCCAAAUCACCUGCCGCCGGCUGUUAGCGAAGGUUACAACAAUGCCAGCAGUAGUAUUCAGCCCAAUGUGCCACUUCCGCCGCACCCGAGUGAAACGACGGACAGCUCGUAUUUCCAGACAGUUCCCAAACCAAAUCCCUUCCACCAGCCCUCCUAUCCCCCCCAAUAUUACGAUUAUUACGACAAUAAGCACAAGGCCGCGCCACCCGCCUCCAGCUACCACCUCAAUAACUACACCUCGUACGGCAAUUUGAAUUUCGCGCCGUAUCAUUCCAAUCUGCACCCGCCAGCGGGUUAUAUCGGUGCUCCGUCGUCGUACGCCAACUCGAAUGUCUUUCCCAGGCAGCACUGGAGCUCUGCUGUGAAUGCGCCAGCGUCCGGCGAGCCAAUUCGGCAGCCCUCGUACAUCGGUAGCAGCACUUACCCCAUAAACGAGUGGUCGUCGCAAUAGUAACUGUAAAUAGAGACCAUAUCUCCAGUGUCCGGUGUCCAGUUGAGGGCGCAGCGCCACACCAACGAGCUCAAAUAUACUCAGACUCCAACUUGUGACUA